AAUUGUGGGACGGUUAAGAAAAUAAGCUCUGUCAAUUGCAUACGACAGAGACAUGGAUAUUAUAGUGGAGGUGCUACGGAAUGAGGUUACUCAAAGGUGUGCUAGAGUGGCAUUGGUUAGGUGGAGACGAUUUAGUCACGUGAAAUGGCACACACACGAGGGCUUGACACUGAGAUGCAAGAUGCUUAUGAAAGUAGGUGGAGGAAAAGAACCCCAUCUGCGAAUCAAAUCGGAAGGAUCUAGCCAGCCCCACCCAUUGUUCUGCCGCACAUACCCCUAUCAGUUGAAAACCCCCAAAGAACUGUGGGAUGCCCUUAAGGGACGUUUUGGGAACAUUCAUGAUACUCUGCUCCCAGAACUGAAUGCACAAUGGAAUGAAAUCCGUUUGCUAGACUAUAAACGGGCAAAUGACUUUGUCAAAGAUAUGUUGCGUCUUAAGGCACGUCUCAUCUUUUGUGGUAAGCCAAUUACCGAAGAUGACAUGAUUCAAAAGACUCUUGACACAUUUCCUACCUCAUCCAUGAUACUAGCGAACCAGUACAGGAUAGAGUAUGAAAACAAAAGAAUUACCACAUUUUACAAGUUGAUGAAUAUGAUGCAAUCAGCAGAAAAGCACAAUGAAGUCCUUGUGAAUAACAAUGCUCGGCCUGUCGGGACAAAGAAAAUUCCUGAAGCCAAUUAUGGGAAAAUAAAACAUGGCAGGCAUCCCAAUGAAAAGGGACCUCGACGUGCCAACCCUUACCCACGUGGAAAUAACUCUAAUCGUGGUAAGGGUCGUGGUGGUCGUGGUAGAGGUCGUGGAGUAUCUUCCAAUGUUUGGCGAAGAGAGUCAAAUGAUGGACCAAGUGGCCACACAAACAAGAAGUCAAAUGCAUCCAACCCUCCUGUGAUAAAGAAUGAGCCAUGUUACCGAUGUGGAGUUAGCGGACACUGGUACAAGCAUUGUCGCGCUAGUAACAAAGUUGCAGCUUGCUACAAGAAAUAUCUCCAAUCUAAAGAACAUGAAUCUCAAUAUUUGGACGAAGAAGACAAUGAUGCUGAUGUCAAUCUUACCCUUGCACACUUUACGAACAAGGGGGAUAAUGUGCACUCAAUAGAUACACCUGAUUUUGAUUCAUACACUCUAUUUAUUCUCUCCAUGCAUGAUGUUUUUUUUGAAUAAUUUCUUUUAUGUUUCUUCCAAUUUCCUAGGAGUGUUUCAAAGACUAUUUAUUGCAUUUUUGGACUAUGUGGAAUUGUUUUAAAUUUGCAUUCAAUUUAAAUAAAUUAAGGGACUUAUG